UGCUGUCAGAAUGAGGGCGCUCAGAAUUAUGGAAGGAAAUAUUUGCAGAAGCACGCUCUUCCAAGCAAAGAAGGAGAUGCGGAAACAUUACCUACCCUUGAAUUCGAUCCAAAGCUUAACGAAAUUGUCGACAUAGGCUCAGAUAUAGAGGUUCUGAAAGAAGACAAAAUUGACAGCGCUGAAGAUGAAAAAUGUUCUCGAAUGGGUGGCGCACAUUCAAUAAAACGAUCAGUCUAUCGGAGACAACCGAAAGCAUCACAGCAGCGUAAACUAAAGUCGGCCAAACCAAGAAUGGGCAAGACAGCACGAGGAAAAACACCGAAAGCAAAAACACCGAAAUAA